AUGCAAUCCUUAUCCCUCAAAACCUCUCCCGACACAGAGAUUCAUUUCACAAUUUCUAAACCCCUUUCAACACCAGAGGACCAAGUUACCUCUCCGCUCCUGGUUUUCCUCCAUUACUGGGGUGGCUCAAGCGCGACAUGGCACAAGCUUACCUCAUAUGAAUCGCCAUCGUCUCUUAGCAAUGACUACCCUUGCAUUGCCAUCGACCUUCGUGGAUGGGGACAAUCCUCAGGGCCUUCGAGUGCACCGGACCACUCGAUCACACCCACGGCCUCGGAUGUUAUUUCAGUCCUGACGCACCUAAACACCGAUCCGACUACCGCCCAUAUUUUUAAAAAUGGAAUCAUUAUUGUCGGCCAUUCUAUGGGAGCAAAGGUUGCACUAGCGACCCUCAAUCGAGUUCCUGAUGCUUCACUCGGCCUUGUCAAGGGCUUAGUUCUGGUUGCACCAUCGCCACCAACUCCCCUUAUACUACCCCCUGAUAUGAGCGAGCAACAACGCCAGGCAUACAAUAGCGAAGAGUCGAUAAGAUGGACGGCCGAAAAUGUUCUUUCCAGUAAAGAAAGUCUUACUGACGACGAUUUUUCCAUCAUUUUGCGCGACAGUUCAAAAGGAAAUACCUUUGCAAAAGAUGGGUGGCUCCUGCAUGGAAUGCAAGAGGACAUUUCUCUCGACGUGAAAAAUGCUGGCUUGCGACCGGCUGCGAAAGGACUUAAGAUUCAGGUUCUAGCCGGAGAACUUGACAUUGUUGAGCAGAAAGAUCGAGUGGAAAAAGAUAUUUUUCUUCUUUCUGAGGGCUUGGUAUCUUCCACGCGACUGGGAUCCCCGUUCCGUGUGAACUCCUCGCGCUUUGACUUAGUAAAACACGAAUUCAUUAUUAUUAUUAUGUUGCCAAAGCUAUUAAUAUCCAAUGCGGCAAGCGUUGUCGUCCUAGGCAGCGUCUUGGUCGAUGCUACCGGGGCACUCAAGCAAGAGGUGCGCUACAGACGCAGUAACAGCACUCUUACCCCGAACGGCAAAAAGGCCGGCAGUGCCGGUGGCAAUGCAGUAUCUUUCUGGGAGCCACAUCUUGGUUGGUGGUACGACUGGAACCCUGAACAAUCCAGCAGUCAUGAUACCGAGUAUGUCCCAAUGCUAUGGGGUGAUGGCGAUGCCAGCGACGAAGAUGCGCAAAGAUAUCAGGAGUUCCAAAAUCUAGACACCACCCCGACGUAUUUAUUGGGAUUCAACGAGCCCGAUUGCUCUCCUCCUGAUUCAUCGAGUAUUGAUGAAGAUAAGGGCGCUCAAGUGUGGAAUUAUUUGAUCGCUCCUUGGGGUCAGAAGGGCGUAUUACUCGGCAGCCCUGCAAUGUGUAAGCAAGCCGAUGAAGACUGGUUGGCUCCUUUUGAGUCUCAGAUAAGCACAGAUUGGGAUUUUACUGCGAUUCAUGUGUACAAGAAUAGCAUAGAUGGAGUCAACAAAGAUUUGGACCACUAUUGGAGCACGUACGGCAAACCAAUCUGGGUGACAGAAUUUGGAUGUGUUGAUGACCAAAAUGGGUUUACCCCAUGCACUGACCAAAGUGAGAUUAACUCAUUCAUCAGCGGCAUUGUCGACCUGUUUGAAAGCGACGAUCGUAUCUACGCGUACGCCUACACCGAUGGCAAUGGACUGGGAGAUGUAUGGCCCCCGACCAGUAAUGGUGAGCUGACUGAAAGUGGCCAAACUUAUCUCAGUGCAAUCAGCAAGUAUUCGUGAGGUCUGGCAGAAGGGUAAUCAUUUGCAUACUUAAAUACAUCUCGCUGUUGCUUCACAGCAAGAAACUCUUGUCCAAAAUAGCAUGAAGUGAAAUUAAUACUUGUAUUCGCGAUGGCCACUUGAAUGUUGGAGCUAUUCAUAUCGAUAAUUGUGUUCAUCGCACUUUUAGAGAAACAUUAG